UUUACUGCAUUUGGCCACUUGUGAAACUAUGUAGGCACCAUGGUUCUUUUUGAGCCUGUCAUGUGUAAACCGUACUGUGGAGUACUAUGGCAAACUGGGAGCGAAACAAAAGGAUCUUACUGGAGCUGGUGAAGCUGCCGGAGAACAGUCUGUGUGCAGACUGUGGAGCGCCUGAUCCAGACUGGGCAUCUUGCAAGUUGGGUUUAUUUGUGUGUCUGCACUGUUCUGGCAUCCACCGCAACCUGUCCAGCCGAGUAAAGUCCAUAAAGCUUGACUACUGGGAAGAUGAGCAUGUCGAGUUGAUGAAAUGCAGUGGAAAUGCCAAAGCCAGAGCUUUAUAUGAAAAAGCACUUCCUCCUUACUACUACCGACCACAGCAAACUGACUGCGUAGUCUUAAAAAUGCAAUGGAUUAGAGCCAAAUAUGAAAGGUUGGAGUUCACAGGAGAGACCAAGUAUCCACCUCCGUCUUAUACCACAGGCUUCUAUGAAGGGAUGCUGUGGAAGAAAGGAAAAGAGAACACACAGUUUCUGAAGAGGAAGUUUGUUCUUUCUGAGAGGGAAUUCACUCUGUCUUACUACAACAAGGAAAAUGAGUCCAAAGGUCCAAAAGCCAUCAUCUCAAUCAAGCACUUGAAUGUAACAUUUCAACCAGAGAAGAUUGGUCAUCCCCAUGGGAUGCAGAUUACUUACCUUGAUAAUGACCAUACCAGGAGCCUCUACGUGUAUCAUGAGAGUCCUGAGGAAAUAGUCACAUGGUACAACGCCCUACGUGCUGCUCGAUACGCAUACCUAAAAACCGCAUACCCAACUGGAACAGAAGCUGAUCUUUUACCGAAUAUAACACCAAACUACCUUAAAGAGGGUUACAUGGAAAAGACAGGUCCAUCGCAGAAGGAACCAUUCAAAAAGAGGUGGUUCAUUUUGGACUCUCAAAAUAGGAAGUUGCUCUACUUCAAGGGCCGUUUGGAUGCUGAGGAGUUGGGGGUCAUCUUCCUUGGCACAGAAAGCAACAGUUAUGCUGUUAAGGACUGUGUCCCAAAGCAGACCCGUGGAAACAAGUGGAAGUUUGGCCUCAUGGUGGAGACGCCCAAGCGGCAAUUUGUCUUCAUGUGCGAGCACGAGAGCGAGCAAAGAGAAUGGCUGGACUCCCUCAGACAUGUCAUGUCCAGGCCUAUGACACCACAGGAUUAUAACACUGAGGCCAAUAUCAGGAAUAAGCGAUGAAAACUGGAGCGUGUGACGGCUGAAUGAAAGCUGAAUUUGAGUUAUGGAACAACAACAUCCGAAUUGUAACUUGCAUGUUUAACCACAUCAACUGUCUUUGCAUUCAUAAGGAAUCAAAUCACAUUGCACUGUGUCAAGAAAUGUACCCAUGAAAGUACUGUUACUGUUGAUAUAAUCGUAAUAUUACACUUUAUUAGACACUGUAUUGCAGGGGUGUCAAACUCAUUUUUGUCACGGGCCACAUCGCAGUUAUGGUUCCACUCAGAGGGCCGUUAUGGCUGCAAACUCAUAUGAAUGUAUGAUUGCCUCAUAUUAUUAUCCAUCCAUCUUCUGAGCCGCUUCUCCUCACUAGGGUCGCGGGCGUGCUGGAGCCUAUCCCAGCUAUCAUCGGGCAGGAGGCGGGGUACACCCUGAACUGGUUGCCAGCCAAUCGCAGGGCACAAACAAACAACCAUUCACACUCACAGUCCCACCUAUGGGCAAUUUAGAGUCUUCAAUUAAUGCAUGUUUUUGGGAUGUGGGAGGAAACCGGAGUGCCCGGAGAAAAUUGAACCCGGGUCCUCAGAACUGUGAGGCUGACGCUCUAACCAGUCGUCCACCGUGCCGCCUCAUAUUAUUAUAUAUACACAAAUUAAUGGAUAAUUACUUUUGAAAUCAAAAGCCAGUAAAAACUGGGGUUGGUAAAAACAAAAUGAUUGCAAUAUCGCAAUAUUUUUAAAAGUUAACCCAAUUUGGAAUUUUGGUAUUUUAGCAAGAAACACAAAGUCGAUGCACACUCUCGCGGGCAACAUAAUGACGUGACGGGCCGGAUCUGGCCCCCGAGCCACCAGUUUGACACCUGUGCUGUAUUGAAUUCAACUUCUUUAUUAUGCCG